AUGGAGAGAAAAAUAAACAGAGGAGAAAAGGAAUGCGAAGGAAAACACAGCAACUCCGAAGGCUCUGAGCAAGACAAGGACUAUAAAACGUCUCUGAUUACUCUGAAUGUUGGUGGCUAUCUAUAUAUCACACAAAAACAGACACUAACCAAGUAUCCAGAUUCUUUUCUGGAAGGGAUCAUAAAUGGAAAAAUAAUGUGCCCAUUCGAUGCAGACGGUCAUUACUUCAUAGACAGAGAUGGACUCCUUUUCAGACACAUUCUCAACUUCCUACGAAAUGGAGAACUUCUUCUACCAGAAGGGUUUCGAGAAAAUCAACUUUUGGCACAAGAAGCAGAUUUUUUCCAGCUCAAGGUACUCUCGGAUGCAGUGAAAUCACGGUGGGAGAAGGAACAGCUAGCAUCUCGAGAGACUACUUUCCUGGAAAUAACUGACAGCCACGACCGUUCACAAGGACUUAGAAUCUUUUGUAAUGCUCCUGAUUUCAUUGCAAAAAUAAAAUCCAGAAUUGUACUGGUGUCCAAAAGCAGGCUGGACGGAUUUCCAGAGGAGUUUUCGGUAUCUUCCAAUAUUAUUCAAUUCAAGUACUUCAUAAAGUCUGAAAAUGGUACACGACUGGUACUGAAGGAAGACAACACCUUUGUCUGCACCCUGGAAACUCUUAAGUUUGAGGCUAUAAUGAUGGCUUUAAAAUGUGGAUUUAGACUGCUGACCAGUCUGGAUUGUUCGAAAGGGUCAAUUGUUCACAGUGAUGCACUUCAUUUUAUCAAGUAA